AUGCCUCGUGGAACACUUGAAGUUGUUCUCAUCGGAGCCAAAGGCCUUCGUGACACUGAUUUUUUCAAGAAAAUGGACCCCUAUGUGAUCCUCACGUAUCGGACUCAAGAGCACAAAAGUAGUGUAGCCAAAAAUGCAGGAUCUAAUCCUCGUUGGAAUGAAAGUUUCCUCUUCACAGUUUGUGACAAUGUUGCUGAACUUAAUUUGAGGCUAAUGGAUGAAGAUACAUUUACCAAGGAUGACUUUCUUGGUGAGGCAAAAAUUCAUUUGGGACCAGUUCUUGAGUGUGGGAGCGUACCAGAAACUGCUUAUAAUGUUGUGAAGCAGCAAAAUUACUGUGGAGAGGUUCAUGUGGCUCUCACUUUUCAUCCUGAGAGUGGGCGUUACUGAACUCAGCUAGGAGCAAAGCAAAGAUUAGUGGAUGGAGAGAAGCA